AUGUCAUCGCCAUAUUUCUGCAACCACUUGUGCGUAGUAUCAGUCUGCAAUAUGCCUCCGAACAAGAAGAAAGGAAAAGGCAAAAAAGAACCCAAGAAGGGUGCAAAGAAGCCUGCAGUGCGCAAGCCGCUCACCUUGAAGCAAAAGCAACGCAAAGAGUCCAAAGUCGUCAGGGCCGACAGCUUAAAUUGGAAGCCAGUAGAGAUUCCCGAUAAUCUUGAAAGUUACGAGGGUUUAUAUGGAAUUGAGGAAUUGGACGGGGUGGACGUCAAAUAUGUGGAUGGAAAGGCCGAGUUUGUUGUAAAGGAAGAAAAGAAGGACACCAAAAAGGAGGAAAAUGAAAAUGAAGAUAAAAAUGAAAUUGAAGAUGAAGAUGAUGAGGAAGAAUUCACCGGUUUUGAUGAUCCAGUAACAGAAACCAAACGUCCUUCAGAUGAACCUGAUCUCAAAUCCAAGAAGAAGCAGAAACCCAACAAAGAUGACGAGCUUCGUGAAAACGCAUUUGUUGGAGUUGACGCUUCGCUUCCGAAAGACACCGAUCUUCCAAAGUGGUCUAUGGAAAAUGUUUCUUUGAGCACCUAUACUAUUAAUGGUUUAGCAGGCUGUGGUUUUAAGGAGCCCACGGCGAUCCAACGCAAGGCAAUUCCUCUUGCUCUUCAAGGAAAAGAUGUCAUAGGUAAAGCCACUACGGGUUCAGGUAAAACUUUGGCAUAUGGAAUUCCCAUUUUGGAACGUUGUUUGGCUCAGCUUGAGUCCAAGACAAACACUAUCAAACCACCGACUGCCAUGAUAUUUGCCCCUACGCGAGAAUUGGCCCAUCAGGUGGUGGACCACAUGAAUAAAAUUGCCAAGUUUUCUCCAUUGGCACAGAAUGGCAUAGUUAGCAUCACCGGAGGUUUAUCGAUUCAAAAGCAAGAACGGCUCUUGUCCCAUGGACCAAGUAUCUUGGUAGCGACUCCUGGAAGAUGUCUAGAAUUAAUGGAAAAGAGCGUUGAUCUUGUCAAUCGAAUGGCAUUGACAGACAUGAUUGUGCUUGAUGAAGCCGACCGGUUGCUCCAAGAUGGUCAUUUUGAAGAAUUCGAAAAAAUUCUCGAUAUGCUCAAUAAGCACCGACCCAAGAAGACACAAGGUGUUUCUCGCAGAUGGCAGACUUUGGUUUUCAGUGCUACAUUCUCCAGAGACUUGUUUGGCAAACUAUCGAAUAAUAAACCAAGAAAUAAGGAAUCCUCCUUUAUUGAAAAUGACGAAAUUCUCUCAUUGCUAAACACCAAACUCCAAUUCAGAGACCGUACACCUGCUGUCAUCGACGCAAACCCCAAGGAAAUCGUCUCUGGAAAAGUUACAGAAGCAUUGGUCGAGUGCGGGCCGUCAGAGCGAGAUCUCUACUUGUACUAUUUCCUUUUGAUGUAUCCUGGGUCGACGUUGGUUUUCGCAAAUGCCAUUGAUUCCGUGAAGCGAUUAGUACCAUUUUUGACAAACUUGAACAUUCCCACCUUCUCCAUCCACUCGUCUAUGAUACAAAAGCAGCGCUUGAGAGCGCUCGAACGAUUCAAGGCUGCUGGCGAAAAAAAUCAGACUGCAGUUUUGAUAGCUUCUGAUGUCGCUGCUAGAGGCCUUGAUAUUCCCAAUAUUGACCAUGUGGCCCAUUACCAUCUUCCUAGGUCUGCGGACGUAUAUGUCCACCGUUCUGGAAGAACCGCAAGAGCAGGGAAAGAGGGUGUCUCCGUCAUGUUCUGUUCUCCUCAAGAAGCUUCAGGGCCGUUUAGAAAGUUGAGAAAACUUGUAGCUGACAGUGCAAAUAAAGGAAGCCGGAUGAACAUGCAUAGCGACGUCAAGCUUCUACCCAUUGAGAUGGACUUGGUUACGCAAUUGAAGCCUCGUGUGAACAUAUCUUCCAAAUUGGCCAAUUCUACAAUCUCCACGGUUUCUACAAAGAAAAGUGAUUCGUGGAUGAAGGAAGCCGCCGAGGAAUUGGGUGUUGAUAUGGAAGAAGAAUUUGUGGACGACCACUUGAGAAAGCAGAGAUUGAGAGACGAUAACAAAAUUUUGACAAAAGAUCAAGCUGCCAGCUUGCGAGCAGAACUCAAAUCGCUUCUAAAUGAACGUCUUCGCAUAAACAAAAGAAGAUCCUAUUUGACUAGCGGAGUUGAUAAUUUGGCUCAUCAAAUGCUCACCGGUGACUCUCACGAAGCAGUUUGGGGACAUGCAAAAGUCAAAGCAUUGGACCAGUUAAAAAAAGGAAAGAGCACAAAAAAAAGCAAAUAG